CAAACGCGCCGCCGACUCUCCGCCAAAUUGCUCGCCGGGAAGUUCAGACACUAUAGCGUAAGCGAUACACGCGCGGCGGCAUCCAGCGAUCUUCGCUAGUUCUCUCUCACUCUCUGUGCGGCUGCUGCUUCGACGGCGCGUCUCACCCAUACGAGCAACCAGCGACCUCAGACUUCGCAGUGAAGAAGUUACAGCGGCGUGUACAACAAGUGCUUCUAGACGAUAUAUGCGCACGGACCGCGUGCUGCCUCAGCGAUAGCGUGAGAACGUCGGCAAUAUCUAGGCGACGGCAGCAGCGGCGGCGCGGUGGAUUUACCGUCGUCGACUAUACUGAUGUAGACGACCGACUCCUGCGCAGCGCGUGAAAAUCUCUUACGUGUGUAUCUUCACUAAACACGCAUCUGUGAGCGACAUCGACGGGCGGAGAGAAGUAACUCCUGUGAGAUUUACCGAACGAACGAAUUUUAUACGUAUAUAUAUAUUUAUUCGUUUAUUUAUAAAAAUAAAUUAAUAAAUAUAUAAACAUAAAAAAUAUAUAUAAUGGGUGUGGUUGCACACAUAACUACAUAAAUAUAGAAAUAGCUAAAUACGAAGGAUAGCUAUCUAUAGCUGGAUAAGACACAAAGGAAUAGAAAGCAACAUUGUUGUUUACCGUCAACAACUAUAGUCCAUAGAAUGCGUGAAAAAUCAAAAUGAAACCUCGUGGGCUUUAUUGGAUAUAUACUUGUCUUCUGAUGGUCGCCAUCAUAAGACAGACGACAUCGUUCAGAUGGUUAGCCUUGGCGACGACAGGCGUGGAGACGAGCAUUGAGCAGCCUGGACAGUGCGAGCAGCUGACCGGACUGGUCAAGCGCCAGAAGUCAAUAUGCCGCAAAAACAUCGAAGUAAUGGACAGCGUCCGAUACGGCGCAGAAGAAGCCAUCUCAGAGUGUCAGUUCCAGUUUAUGAACAGACGCUGGAACUGCAGCACCGUUGACCCGCAAAAGGUCUUCGGAAAGGCUAUACGGCGAGGUAGCGCCGAGUCGGCGUUCGUGCACGCCAUCUCGGCGGCGGCGGUCGCGCACUCGGUGACUCGCGCCUGCAGCAGUGGCGAUCUCAACAAGUGCGGCUGCGACCGCAGCGAGAGCACGUCGGCCGAGGGCUUCCAGUGGUCGGGCUGCUCGGACAACGUCGCCUACGGGACGACGUUCUCAGCUGAGUUCGUCGACGCACGACGCGCGAAGGGCGCCAGGUCCCCGCGCAGUCUCAUGAACCUUCACAAUACAACGCAGGGCCGUGCGGCACGUCUGGCAAACAUGGAGGUGGAGUGUAAAUGCCACGGCGUGAGCGGAUCCUGUGAGCUGAAGACAUGCUGGCGAGCCAUGCCCACGUUCAGGGAGGUGGGCUUCCUACUCAAAGAGAAGUUCGACGGAGCCACAGAGGUGCAGGAGAGGGAGAGAGGCAGUCGUCGCGUACUCGCCCCUCUCAACCCUCACUUCAAGCCACACACCGACCACGACCUCGUAUACCUCGAAUCGUCGCCUGACUUCUGCGAGCCAAACCCGAGUAUAGGUUCGCUUGGAACGCAGGGGCGGCGUUGCAACAAGACCUCUAAAGCCAUCGACGGCUGCGAGUUGAUGUGCUGCGGCCGCGGUCACGCCAUCAAGCGGCGAACAGUGGUCGAACGCUGUCACUGCAAGUUCUACUGGUGCUGCUUCGUCAAGUGCAAGGAAUGCACGAAGGAGGUGGACGACUACUUCUGCGAGUAAACUCCGGCAGGCCUUAACUUACACUACUGGGUUUACUACACUAGCUGUUUACACUACCGACUUUGUUUUGGCGAAUUGGCGAAUUGGACCAACUUCCCAACUAUACAACUGACAAUCGGCAAACGCAAACGUUGCGCGACCAACCGAUCGAUAGCAACUAGUUGGGAGAUUAGAACAUGUUCUAUUUUCGCUAACUCGAAGUUGGCGAAUUGGGAUGUUGGUCCAACCCGCCAAUUCGCCAACAUAAAGUCGGUAGCUUUACGCGCGAUCGACUGUGCUGGCAUAGUAGGCGAUGCUCUGACGUGCACGCGGAAGACGCAUGCAAAUUAACAAAGGCGAGUGUCAUCGCGAGUCAGGCCAGAAUACGAAGCUGAUUUGUUGUCUUGUUCUUGUUGUGUACGAUUUUCAAAAUAUUCAACACUUAAACGUUUAACGCACUUUAUAUGCUUAUUAGAAAUCACGAACUGGCGAAUCGACGAGGUUUUUUUUCCACGAAUACGACAUGUAGCAUUUAAUGUAAGCCAUAUAACAAUUGAAGACUUAAAGGACAGUCAUAUUGCACUUAUUUAAAUUGAUGAGUACUAUCUAAAUUUAUUCCCCAGAUGAAAUGAAAUAUUAACGCCAUAUUUAAAAAGGCAGGAAAAUGCACACGUGUGCUUGUAAUAACGUCGGACAAUUAUGCCUGCUAUAUAUAGCGCUUCUAUUACAAUAAGAUUUAUGUGGAAUUGCAAACAGUUAAAGAGACAAGUUCAAAGUAGAUAUGCCACGAAAGUUAUAUGUACAUACAGAAAAUAUGUAGAAUCAUACAACCAGGAAUACCAGCCAAUCAUACAAAAACAAAUAUAUAAUAUUCGUUGUUUUUAUUCACUCUCGAUACAACUAUAAUCUCUUACAUUGAUAAUUCUAUAGAUUUAUUUAAUUCUUGUAACAUGGGCGUGUCUAUAGUGCUAAGUUAGUGACACCCACUAAACAAGAUAUUUAUUAUUGCAGCUUUACCAUGUCCCACAUCUUUAACUUGUGUAGUAAUUCUAUACAUCUGAUAUUGUUAUGUCUUGUGUAUAAUAUUAAGCCUAACAUUAUAUACUCACAGUAUAACGGGAAGCGUUGCAACAUUUAUAUAGUUUGUAAGUAACCACUUCAACGUUAAUCAAUUUCAUGACAAAUAUAUAUCGUAAGAAUCUAAUUAAACGAAACAAUAGCUGAUAAAUCACAUAAUUAUUAUUGCCAAUUUCCACAUGACAUUUUUUCGUAGUUAUAAUCAAUUAUAUUAUUAAUAAUUAUAUAAAUUGUAAACUUGUGUAUGCUACUAUAGUUGUAUUAUGUGAUCCGACGUUCACACGGCACCUAGAGCGAUACAGACAUGGUUAUUUAUUAUAUAUAUAAUACAGAAAUGCAAAUUGGAGUUAAAUAUUUUAAUGUUGUUACACAAGGGCUAUACGAAAUCUCCGAUUUGAUUAGUGGUUCACCUGUGACUUGCCGUGGUACGUUCAGGCCCUUGUAAAUUGCAGGGACCGCCGGGGUUAUACCAUCUAAGAACCUUGCCAUUUCGCCACACGCUUGUACCGUCUCUCGCUUCUUCUACAACCGACUAAAACGUUUUCGGGAUUUUUCCCUGUUCUCCCGAUGCCGCUGAGCCAGCAGGCACCCUAUACCAGCGUAUAAAAACUACAGCGUUCAUCUGAUUGCGUUCCUCCUUAUUUCAUAGCUGUGUCUGGCAAUUUGGAGGCGUAUCACGCGAUAUUUACUACAGACUUGUCUGGGUGUUCCUCGUUAUGAUAUCAUUAGCUUUUAGUAAUCGAAGAGAAUAGUGCUGCCACCACAAGUAUCAUGGAGACAAUAUACUAUUAGUGGUACCAGUUGGAUAAUGACAUUUGAUUUUAUAAGGUCAACGGCGGCGUAUGAUUCGCCGGUAUAUUUAUACAUUGUAGUUCUCUUUAAUCGUCCAGAAAUGCUAUUAUUAUUAAGAAUGCCUUUUUUUGUAAAAAACAACAACAACCGUGAUUUUGACGCGUCGUGUAAUUUACGUAAUCCUAUAGGGGUCACGUGAGCAGGAGGAUUUCUCUGUGUCAUAUAAUCGCUUGAAUGAAUGCUAUAAUAUUCAGUCAGGUUCGUGCGUGUUUUGUUAUGUUUCACAAGUGGGACACGUUUAGAUUCGAUGCAGUAUCGUUAAUAUCCUAAUCGAUUAUUUCUACUAGAAUACAAAAUGGUUAUAAAAAAUAAUAUUUAAUGAUAUAUUAUGUGAAUCGAAACCUUGGCAGCUAUGCGGUCACGUUCGCAGAUUGUCUGAUGAGAAUGAAAAUCGGUUUGUACUAUCACUAGAAAACAUAAGCAUCCGAGAUUUAAAAAGAACAACUGGGUUGCGUGCGUGCAGCUCAAAGAAAUCUAAACUGGUCCGCUAAAUGCAAACAACUCAAUUAUUUGUUUCAUGCUACAUUGCAUGCUAUCGCACCGCUGAUGUCAUUCGGUGCAGACACAUUUUUCGCGAAUGUACGCUUUUACGAUGAUAAUCUGUAUUUUAUGUAAUAUAUAGCAGAUGGUUGUUAUUUCAAUAAAUAAAUUAUGUAUAUAAUGUAGUACGAAAAUUUGA